AUGGGGGAGGGUUAUCUUUCCCUAGCGGUUUUGUAUUACCCUAGCGGUUUCUGUCACAAGCAGUUAACUGUGAACCUAGAUCUAGAGCGUUUUUCAUCUGAAGUUGUCCCGGAAACGAAAAAGCACCUUAAAGUGUCAUUUGUAAAAGCAGGUAGCUAUUCCUCCGCUAAAAGAUCAAAACCAACUGGUCUAUUACACCAUGCUAGUGACUGGGUGAUGUUAGCAGAUCUGAAUGAAGGAUUUGUGUUUCCUGGCCAUAUUGCAAUCACAUCCCUCAGGCCAGACAUUGUAAUAUACUCAAAUUGUUCUAAGCGCAUCAUCAUUAUUGAACUUACUUGUCCUUGUGAGGAAAACAUGGGAUCCUGGCAUUCCACCAAGCUUUCCAAAUACUUCCCUUUGGUCGAGGUAAUACGUAGCAACGGGUGGUUUCCGCAUCUUUUUGCAGUAGAAGUGGGUGCUAAGGGCUACUCUUCAAGGUCUCUAACUUGCUGUCUAAAAAGCCACGGUUUCGCUAGCAAAUCUGCGUUUUUAACCGCCCGCAAGCUUGGCGAUAUAAUCAUGAAAGCAUCCUUUUGCAUUUGGAUUGCACGAGACUCACCACAUUGGUCAUAA